AGAAUACUAAUAAUUAAAAAAAAAAAAAGCAAAAUAGCAGAGGGGGAGUGAGUUUGUGAUCUGGUUUGGAAAACGUUCAGUCUGAAGUUGAAGAACAGAGAAGUGAGGAGCAGAAUUCAGCAUUUGAAUUGAAUUGAAGAGAGAUUAGAAGAGAAUAAUCGAGAUGAGUCAAAGCGGAGGUGGAUCUCACUCGCUGGCGUUUCGCGUUAUGAGGCUAUGCCGGCCUUCCUUCAACGUCGACCCUCACCGCUUCCUUCUCCAACACUCCUCCGACGCCAUGGGCCUCUCCGCCCUCCUCGUCCUCCCUCAGUCCUUCGGUGCCAUUUACUUAGGAGAGACAUUCUGCAGCUACAUCAGUAUUAACAACAGCUCCACUUUUGAAGUCCGUGACGUUAUUAUCAAGGCUGAAAUUCAAACAGAGAGACAGAGGAUUCUUCUUUUGGACACAUCAAAAUCUCCAGUUGAAACGAUACGUGCCGGUGGCCGUUAUGAUUUUAUAGUGGAACAUGAUGUCAAGGAGCUUGGACCUCACACGCUGGUCUGCACCGCAUUGUACAACGACGGUGAUGGUGAGCGUAAAUACCUUCCCCAAUUCUUCAAGUUCAUUGUUGCUAACCCACUAUCUGUGAGGACGAAGGUCCGUGUUAUCAAGGAAACUACCUUUCUGGAAGCUUGUAUUGAAAACCAUACAAAGUCAAACCUUUUCAUGGACCAAGUCGAUUUCGAACCUGCACAGAAUUAUACUUCGGCAACUCUUAAAGGUGAUGGGCAUCAUUCUGAGAGAGAAAGUCUUAUAAGAGAGACAUUUAAGCCUCCAAUAUUGAUUAGAUCUGGUGGAGGAAUUUACAACUAUCUCUAUCAAUUAAAAUCAUCAGCAGACAAUUCUGCUCAAUUAAAGGUUGAGGGAAGUAAUGUUCUUGGUAAGCUCCAGAUAACAUGGAGAACAAAUUUGGGGGAACCUGGUCGCCUGCAGACCCAGCAGAUAUUGGGGACUCCAACAACAAAGAAGGAGAUCGAGUUGCAGGUUGUGGAGGUUCCGUCUAUCAUUAACCUUCAAAGACCAUUUGUGCUAAAACUGAGCCUUACAAACCAAAUAGAUAGAGAGAUAGGCCCAUUUGAAGUAAGCUUAUCUGACAAUGGAUCAUAUGUAGAGAGAGCUGUCAUGAUUAAUGGCCUUCAAUCAAUGGUUGUACCACAGGUUGAGGCUUUAGGAUCCACAGAGCUCCACCUGAAUCUCAUAGCUACUAAAACUGGAAUUCAGAGAAUUUCGGGCAUUACAGUGUUUGACUCUAAGGAGAUGAAAUCUUAUGAACCACUCCCUGAUUUAGAGAUUUUUGUGAACAUGGAUUAAUAUUUUGGAUGGGAAGUGGUUGUCAUUGCCAUUUUUAAUCUUUCUGGAACAUUGGUCAGCUGCACUUCAAAAAUCAUGUUUUGUAUCAUCAGUAGGUAUCUUGUCAGAUCAGCCAUGUCCUCCAUUGCUGACUCUAUGAUGCCCAUAUGCUUAGAUUCUAUUCCAGCUAUGGCCAACAAUUCUAGCCUCUUCAUCAAACCACAAUUUGUUCAAGGUUGCAUUUUUUGAAAGGGAUGGGUUCUUGCUUUUGUAGGUUAAAGGAACUACUUUUUCCCCCCUAUUUCAAUGUCAUUAAAAACCUUAAUUCCUGUAACUCCUUACUUCCUUGUACAUGGUGUACAUCAUGGUUUUUCUGAUAAUAGAAUAUGGGUCACUAUACUAGUUUAUAUAUCUCUUAACACA